GCAUUUGAGAGUACACCCAAUUGUGACUGUACUGUGCUAGUAGACAUUUUGAUUUUCAAGGAAGGAGGUAGCAGAGAAACAUAUAAUGGCAAAUAAAGUAUUAAUGUUAUACAUGCGACAAAGUACUCCAAUGUAUUUAAAUAUUCGUAAAUUAUCAGCAUUUCCUACAUUUCCUAAUAAAAUUGGGAAUAGAGACAUAGUAGGCCAUGGAUAUAAUGGAGAAGCAAGUUACUUAGAUCGAGUUGAUUGUCCUAUGCCUGCAAUUCGUUUCAAAGCAAAUACUCCAGAUAUACUGGCAUUGCGAGAGAAAGAAAAAGGAGAUUGGAAAAAAUUAUCGAUAGAAGAAAAAAAAGCAUUAUAUAGGGCUAGUUAUUGUCAAACAUUCAGUGAAUUUUUAGCUCCAACAGGAGAAUGGAAAGGAGCUAUAGGAAUGACAUUGAUAGGUUUGGCUUUUAGUGUUUGGAUAUUUUUCUUUCUUAAAAUCUUUGCAUAUCCACCAAUGCCAGAAUCAUUUAAUGAGGAAAACAGACUUGCACAAUUGAAACGUAUGAAAUUACUUGAAAUCAAUCCUGUUACUGGAAUUAGUUCAAAAUAAAUUAAACUUAUUUCUGUUGAAAGUCAUAACAAGAAAUAGUUUGUUACAUAUAAAUAAUUGUUUAUACAUAUAUCUUGUACAAUGUUAGUAGAAAUGUACUUUAAUAAAUUAAA